UUUACGCCGCUGCUCACUUGAUACUGUUGGACCUCGUUAGCUUCUCGGAACUGUCAAUUCAUUGUCCGAGAGUCGCUUAAAAUGGCAUCUUCUAGUACUUAUAGGCUAAGUUGCUCCAUCCCAGGGCAUGAGAUGGAUGUAAGGGGCCUUGCCACUGCACCUUUCCCUGAUGGAGCUUUUGUGUCGGUCUCCCGGGACAGAACAGCAAGAGUAUGGGUACCCAAUUCAAGUCCUGGUGGAGGUUUCUCGGAAAUGCAUUGUAUGAACGGCCACACGAACUUUGUGUCCUGCGUUUGUAUCAUAUCCCCAAAUGAAACCUACCCCCGCGGGCUCAUCGUGACUGGGGGCAACGAUCACAAUAUCUGCGUGUUUUCCCUCGACAGACCCGACCCCAUGUAUACCCUCAAGGGCCACAAGAAUACAGUAUGCUCGCUGUCUGCCGGGAGGUUUGGGACGUUACUGAGUGGUUCCUGGGACACCACAGCCAAAGUGUGGCUCAACGACAAAUGCAUGAUGACAUUGCAGGGUCACACAGCUGCCGUUUGGGCUGUGGUCAUCCUGCCGGAGCAGGGCCUGAUGCUGACUGGGUCGGCCGACAAAACCAUCAAGCUGUGGAAGGCCGGCCGCUGCGAGAAGACCUACACUGGUCAUGAGGACUGUGUGCGUGGCCUGGCCGUGGUGAAUGACGUCGAGUUCUUCUCCUGCAGUAACGACGCCAGCAUACGCCGCUGGAUGGUGACGGGCGAGUGCGUGCAGGUCUACUACAGUCACACCAACUACAUCUACAGCCUGUCUGUCUUCCCCAACGGACAAGACUUCAUCAGUACAGGUGAGGACCGCUCAGUGAGAGUGUGGAAGCAGGGUGAAUGUGUUCAGACCAUUCGCCUGCCUGCCCAGUCGGUGUGGUGCUGCUGCCUGCUGACCAAUGGGGACAUUGCAGUGGGUGCCAGUGACGGGAUCAUCCGGGUGUUCACGGAGUCGCAGGAGCGUGUGGCAAGUGCGCAGGACCUACAGGCCUUUGAGGACGAGCUCUCCAAAGCCACCAUCGACCCCAAGACGGGAGACCUGGGAGACAUCAAGAUGGAGGAACUCCCUGGGAGGGAACACCUGGAUGAACCAGGUAACCGUGACGGCCAGACACGUCUGAUCAGGGAGGAUGACCAUGUUGAGGCGUACCAGUGGAGUGUGAGUGAAGCUCGCUGGAUGAAGAUCGGAGACGUGGUGGGGGGGUCCUCCCAGCAGAAGUCCGAGAGGGUCAUGUACGAGGGCAAGGAGUAUGACUUUGUCUUCACCAUCGACGUGAACGAGGGCGGCCCGUCCAUGAAGCUGCCCUACAACGUGACGGAGGACCCGUGGCUGACCGCCCACAACUUCCUGCAGAAGAACGACCUGAGCCCCAUGUUCCUGGACCAGGUGGCCAACUUCAUCAUCGAGAACACUAAAGGCCACACGCUGGGCCCUGCGCCCUCCUCCAGCGACCCCUUCACCGGUUCGGGCAGGUAUAUCCCCGGCGCCUCCGACGAUGGCCUCAGAGGAGGAGCAGCGGAUCCCUUCACAGGUGCUGGUAGGUAUAUACCUGGAUCAGGACCUUCGCCCCCAGGAUCUGCUGGAGUGGCAGACCCUUUUACAGGGGGCAGUGCGUACUCUUCGGCUAGCAACAGGCAAACCAGGACCAACAUCUACUUUCCCAAGACAGACGGGGUCACCUUCGAACAGGCCAAUGCCACACAGAUACUGGCUAAGCUGAAGGAGCUGAACGGAGGAGCUCCUGAGGAGCACAGGCUGUCUGAGGAGGUGCUGGGCGGGCUGGAGCAGCUGCUGUUGGCCGUGUGUGACCUCAAAGGAUCCCAGCAGCUGCAGCCGCCCACAGACCAGCAGAUCAACCUGCUCCUGAAGACCGCACACUGGCCUGAGGACAUCGUGUUCCCCGUGCUGGACAUCCUGCGGCUGGCGGUGCGCCACCCGGAGGUGAACGCGCGCCUGUGCGGCGGCAGCGAGGGUGUGAGCCUGUGCAACCACCUGCUGUCCCUCAUGGGCCCCCAGGGCCGGCCGGCCAAUCAGAUGCUGGCACUGCGCACGCUCUGCAACUGCUUUGCGGCAGCCCGCGGGCGCCAUCUUCUCCUGGCCCAGCGCGAGGCCGUGCUGACCCGCGCGUCCGACCUGCGCUCCGUCUGCAACAAGAACAUCCACGUGGCGCUGGCCACGCUCGUGCUCAACUACGCCGGGCAGCUGCUGGGUCAGGGUCCGUCGGAGCUGGAGGCCAAGGCGCAGUGCCUGUCGGUGGCUAGCGCCGCCCUGGAGGUUGUGCAGGACAGGGAGGCCGUGUUCCGGCUGCUGGUGGCACUGGGCACCACGGUGUCGGGCGACGCCACCGCCAGGGACCUGGCGCGCUCGCUCGGCGUGCCCGCGCAGAUCAACAAGUACUCGGGCGUGGCAGAGCCAGCCAAAGUGGGUGAAUGCUGCCGACUGCUACUGGAUGAACUACAGUGACCCCCGAACUCCCCUCCCACCCCCACACACACCUCAAAAAAAUGAAUACGGGGCACCCUGACCUUGCCGUGACCUCUACUCCUGGAACCCUUUACCCAAUUCAUACUUAACAUCCAUCUACUCCAGUCUAUUCCAAAACAAGCACACACACACACACACACACACACACACACAUACACACAUACAUAUCCAUAUUUUUAGUUUCUAUUUAACAUGAUCAGUUGUUUUGGUGGUGAUUGAUUUGACUUGAAUGCAUGUGGUGAAAAUAAAUGCGACGUACAAAUGGAAGCUUUCCUAAA